AUGGAAGAGGUCUUCAAUGUCAAUAUGGACUACCUCAACAUGGAAUAUCUGUUCAAGCUAUACACUCUGGUUGGAGGAAAUAAGAAAGUUGUUAACUUCUACUUCUUGUAUCAUGGGCAAACACUUGAGAUGGGGUUGAGACAUAUUAAAGGUGACAUCAGCAUCCACUUCCUUCAAAAUCCAGAAGAAGAGCAACAAAAUGAGCUACAAAGAGAGCCAGAGAUAGAGUCCCCUAUACUUAAGUUGUUGCUUGGUAAUGAAUCCACAAGUGAGGUACUUGAGCAAUGGGCAACAAAUGAUCCACCAAUAAAUGAGGAUCCAUUUAUGCAUGCAGAGCCUUCCACAGAAGCAAGUCUUUCCACACAUUCAGAGCCUUCCACACCUGCAGGCCCUUCCACACAUUCAGAGCCUUCCACACAUGCAGACCCUUCAACACAUGCAGAGCCUUCCACAUAUGCAGAGCCUUCCAUCCAUGGAGACCCUUCCACACAUGCAGAGCCUUCCAUCCAUGGAGACCCUUCCACACAUUCUGAGCCUUCCACAAACCCUUCCACAUAUGCAGAGCCUUCAAUGUAUGAUUCAAGCUCUUCUGAAUUUGAUGAUUCCUCAGAUGAGGACUUUAUUGAACAUGAAGUAAAUGAGUCAUAUGCACUUAGUGAAGAUUUGGAUGACAUUGAAGGUUCUGAUGAUGAUGAUAUAUUUGUGGAAAGAAAUAAUAGCAAGCAAGAGCAGAUCAAGAAGUUGAAUAGUAUGUUGAGGAAGAGUAAAAGACCAAUGCCCAAGGUUCAUAAGUAUAGAAUAGAUCCAACUGCAACAGGAUGGUACAGUGAUGUAGAUGAUGAAGAUGAUAUGGAGGCCUUGAAUGACCCAUGUACUGACAGUAGAAAGUUUCCUAUAUACAAUGAGGGCCAAACUAUGAAAAACAGAAAUUUGGAAGUUGGUAUGAAAUUUCCAAAUGUUGAUCUGUACAGAGAAGCUCUCCAGGAUUGGGUUGUUAGGAAUGGUUAUGAGUUGGAGCAUAUGAAGAAUGAAAGGAGAAGAGUCACAUCAGAAUGCAAAGCAAGUGGAUGCAAUUGGAGAAUUCAUGCAUCUAUUGUUCAAGGUGGUCCACUAUUUCAGAUCAAGACAAUAAAAGGUGAACACACAUGUACCCAGGCAAAAAUCAACAAACAUGCUAAUGCCAGUUAUCUUGGAAAAAGAAUGGAACAAGGAAUCAAAGAUAACCCAGAUAUUCAGAUUCAGAAACUACAGAACACAAUUUUGAGGAAAGUUGGUGUGGAGUCAGGGUAUUGGAAGGCAAUGAGGGCAAAAAAAGCAGCAAUGGACAGAAUUAAAGGUCAAGAAGCAGAAGAAUAUAAGUUGCUAUGGGAUUACUGUGAAACAAUUAGGAGUAGAAACCCUGGUUCUAAAUUGUUGCUAAAAAAAGUAGCUGAUUCAAAUCCACCAGUGUUUGAGAGGAUGUACUUUAGUCUGCAAUCCAUGAAAAUGGGAUUUUUAGCUGGAUGCAGACCACUAAUUGGUCUGGAUGGGUGUUUCCUGAAAUCAUUGCAUGGGGGUCAGUUGCUUUGUGCAAUUGGGAGAGAUCCAAAUAACAAUAUUUUCCCAAUUGCACUUGCUGUUGUUCCAAUUGAGAAUAGGGAGAUGUGGACUUGGUUUUUGACUGAAUUGCUUUAUGAUAUUGGUGGUGUUGAGGAAAAAAAAUGGACAUUCAUAUCUGAUAGACAGAAAGGCUUACUUGAAACAAUAAAAACUGUUGCUCCUGGUUGUGCCCAUAGGUAUUGUGUCAGACACAUUUACCAAAACUUUAGGCAAAAAUGGUCUUCUUUGGAGUUGAAGAGUCUGUUAUGGAAUGCUGCUUCAACUGGUAAUGUGAAUGAGUUCAAGCAUCACAUGGUUCAAAUUCAGAAGAAAGAUAAAGAUGCUUUUGAUUGGUUGAGUAAUAUACCACCAUAUCAUUGGACUAGAUCACAUUUCAGUCAGACAUGCAAAUCUGAUGUGGUGGUGAAUAAUUUAUGUGAGUCUUUCAAUAACAUGAUUCUUGAAGCAAGAGAGAACCCUAUAAUUAGCAUGUUUGAAUGGAUUAGGACAAGGAUGACAAGCAGGCUUCAGGUUAAGAAGGCAGGAAUGGAGAAGUAUGAAGGCAGCAUGUGUCCUAACAUUUUAAAGAAGAUCAAUGCAUAUCAAACCACUGCAAGAGACUGUUCCCCGAGGUGGUGUGGGGGAGAAGAAUUUGAAGUAGAUUUAAAUAGAGACAAGUAUGUUGUGUACCUGGACAAGAAAACCUGUUCUUGUGGCUUGUUCCAGCUUAUGGCUACCCUUGUGCUCAUGCAUGGGCAUGCAUUGUGGAGAGGAGAUACAAAAUUGAGGAUUAUGUAG